AUGGGGAGCGCGCGCGACGCCAUCCUCGAGGCGCUGGAGAACUUGACCGCCGAUGAGCUCAAGAAGUUCAAGCUCAAGCUGUUGUCGGUGCCUCUGCGCGAGGGCUACGGGCGCAUCCCGCGGGGGCCGCUGCUGGCCAUGGACGCCAUGGACCUCACCGACAAGAUCGUCAGCUCCUAUCUGGAGACCUACGGCGCCGAGCUCACGGCCACCGUGCUCGCCCAGAUGGGCAUGCAGGAGCAGGCUGAGCAGCUGAAGGAGCUCUCCAGGAAGGGUGCUGGAGCCUCCCCUGCCCUACCAGCCCCAGCCCGUCUAGCUCCUCUUCAGGCGGCAGCCAGGCCAGGACUGCACUUUAUAGAUGAGCACCGGGCUGCCCUCAUCUCGCGGGUGACAGAAGUGGCCGGGGUUCUGGACGCGCUGUACGGGAAGGUCCUGAAUGACGAGCAGUACCAAGCGGUGCAGGCAGAGUGCACCAACCCGCUGAAGAUGAGGAAGCUUUACAGCUACACGCCUGCCUGGAACCAGGCCUGCAAAGACCUGUUCCUCCAGGCCCUGAGAGCCACCCAGCCCUUCCUGGUGGCUGACCUGGAACAGAGCUGA